AUGGAGGUGGACUACCAAAUGUGCUAUAGAGCAAAGUUGAAAGCAAAGAAGAUGGCACAAGGGAGUCAUGAGGAUCAGUACCACCUAUUGGAGAGCUAUGCACAUGAGCUCAAGAAGAGAAAUCCUGGCACCUCAGUGUGGAUACAAACAGAGUUGGAUGGAGAAGUCACCAGAUUCAAGAGAAUAUAUAUAUGCAUAGAGGCAUUAAAGAAGGGCUGGAGGGAAGGUUGUAGGCCUUAUAUAGGCUUGGAUGGCUGCCAUUUGAAGUCUGUGCACAAGGGACAGCUGCUAUCUGCUAUAGGGAUAGAUGGAAAUAAUGGCAUUUAUCCAAUUGCUUGGGCGGUUGUGGAGGCUGAAAGCAGAGAAACUUGGACUUGGUUCUUGGAGUUUCUGAAGGUUGACCUAGAGAUCCAUCACUCAGCCCAUUACACCUUCAUGAGUGACAAACAGAAGGGCCUUGAGCAAGCCAUUAAGGAAUUGUUUCCAGAUGCAGCUCACAUGCAUUGUGUGAGACACUUCCACAACAACUUCAAGACUGAUGGUUUCCAUGGUUUGGAACUGAAGCAGAAGCUAUGGGCCAUUGCAAGGAGCUGUACAAUAAACACAUUUCAAGAAGCAAUGGAGGACAUGAAAAAGAGCACAGUCCAAGGAUGGCAGUGGUGCUUGGAUAGACCUGCUGUGCAUUGGUCCAAGUCAUAUUUUGAUCCAAAGUUCAAGUGUGACAUAUUGUUGAAUAAUCAUAGUGAAAGCUUCAAUAAGAGUAUACUGCAAGCUAGGAAGAAGUCCAUUCUUGCAUGUUUAGAAGACAUAAGAAUUGGAACCAUGGUGCGGAUGGCCAAUAGAAGGCAAUCUGGCCAUAAGUGGAGGUGUCAGGUUGGGCCAAGAGUGGAGAAGAUUUUGAAGAAGAAUGCUGAGUUGGCUCAAGAGUACAGAGCUCUUCAGUCAAGUCCUUUGAGGUUUGAAAUUCAAGGAAAGGGUAUAGCUUGUACAAGUGGUGUGGUUUCUGCUCAUUCAGUGGCUUUGGACUUGAAGCAAUGCAGUUGCAAGAGAUGGGAUAUAUCUGGAUUGCCUUGUGCCCAUGCAGGUGCUGCAAUAUUAUCAUUGGGAAGGUCACCUGAUGAGUUUGUGGAUGACUACUUUACCAAAGACACCUAUCUCAAAGCAUAUAGUCCAAUAAUGUUCCCUAUAGCUGGAGUCACUGAGUGGGAUAAAUUGCAUAGGCCAAUUGCACAUCCUCUAUACAAGAGGCAACCUGGGAGGCCUAAACAGUCUAGGAAUAAAGAAGCAGGUGAAGUAGCCCCACCUCCUGGCACACAAAAGCUUCCCAAAGUGUAUUACUCUCAAGUCACUUGUGGCAUUUGUAAGAAAAAAGGCCACAAUAGGAGGACCUGCAAACAGAUGAAUCAGGCUGGCAAUGUGGAAGAGGCUGCCAUUGUGCAAGAAGAGGCUGAGAAUGUGCAAGAGGAGGCCGCAAAUGUGCAAGAGGAGGCUGCAAAUGUGCAAGAGGAAGCUGCAAAUGUGCAGCAGCUCACUGAAGUUGAACAAGAGUCACAACCUGCUUGUGAGGCCACUCAGCAAUCACAAACUUGUACUGCUCCAACAACCUCAUCCAUUCCCCAAUUCAUACAGAGAAGGGGAAUGGCCAUUAAUCCAUUACAAGUACUCAUUUUCGGUCGGGUUUUAAACAUCAGGAUCUCAACUUCGCCGUGGUCUCUGGUCUCUGCGGUGACGACCACUGAGCCAGCACGCUACCAAUCGGAGAUUGAGGCCAACGGCGACGGCCACGUGUUCGGGUUUUUCAUGCUGAUUCAGGCCAUGUCCACCGACGAGACUACUUCUGACGGAGCGAUUCAAUUUCUCCAUGAAUGA